CGGCCGGCACGAAUAAAGCGCCUCUUGGCGAGUACCGAGCGCCGUCGACGGCUUCCCGCUGUGUACCAGUAACCGGGUUGGCGCACGGCACGAGACUGAAACAUGUCUUCUGCAUGGUCCAAGAUUGGCCACGGCUUCGCCUGGUUCUUCGACCUGGAACUGGACCCGUAUGGCCAGCGUGAGGCUGAGCGCAACGAUAGCCGCAAUGCGUCCGAGUCCCACCCAAAUGUCGAGCCCUACGACGAGAGGGAUCCCACCGCGCUGGACUGGAUCCUCGGCAUCACGCCCACGCCCCGAGGUAUUUUCCAGUACCUGUAUCGACUGUUCCCCUUCCUGCAUUGGAUUACCAAAUACAAUCUGACAUGGUUCAUUGGCGAUCUAAUUGCUGGCGUUACCGUCGGUGCCGUGGUCGUGCCUCAGGGUAUGGCUUACGCGCUCUUGGCGGGGCUUGAGCCUCAAUAUGGCCUGUACUCAUCCUUUAUGGGUGUCCUGAUCUAUUGGUUCUUCGCAACCUCGAAAGAUAUCACCAUCGGGCCUGUCGCGGUUAUGUCAACUGUCACGGGUGGGAUCGUCAACACAGCAGCGGAGGUCAUCCCGGACGUUCCCGGUCACGUCGUUGCAUCUGCUCUCGCCGUUAUCGUCGGCGGUAUUGUGACCUUCCUCGGACUGGCCAGACUCGGUUGGGUUGUGGAUUUCAUCCCGCUGCCCUCCAUUGCCGCGUUCAUGACGGGGUCCGGAAUCAACAUCGCGGUCGGGCAGAUACCCACCGUGAUGGGGAUGAAUAGCAAGAGGAGGAGAUUCUCGACCCGAGAUCCCACUUAUCAGGUCAUCAUCAACACCCUAAAGAAUCUCCCGUACACUACCAUCGAUGCCGCCAUGGGGCUUACGGCUUUGCUUAUGCUCUAUAUCAUCAGGGAGACCUGCGCAUAUCUGGCCAAGAGGUACCCCCACCGAGCGAAGACAUUCUUCUUCGUUUCCACGCUCCGAACCGCUUUUGUCAUUUUGCUCUAUACGGGCAUCAGCGCGGGCGUCAACGUGUAUCGUCGGACCGAUCCCUUAUUUAGCGUCUUGGGUGAAGUCCCGCGUGGGUUUCAACAUGCUGCCGUGCCAGAUCUUGACGCGAGAAUCAUUUCUUCCUUCGUCUCGGAGCUUCCUGCGGCCGUUAUCGUUGUCCUGAUCGAGCACAUCUCUAUUUCGAAGUCGUUCGGCCGCGUAAACAACUACGUCAUCGACCCGUCCCAAGAGUUGGUUGCUAUCGGUGUCACCAACCUUUUGGGACCCUUCCUCGGCGGAUACCCGGCCACCGGAUCUUUCUCUCGGACUGCGAUUAAAUCGAAGGCUGGCGUACGAACGCCGUUUGCCGGCGUCAUUACCGCUGUUGUUGUGCUUCUCGCCCUGUAUGCGUUGACGGCAGUCUUCUGGUACAUCCCCCAGGCGUCUAUGUCGGCGGUCAUCGUUCACGCAGUGCUGGACGUCGUGUCGCCGCCGAGAAUAGUGUAUCAGUUUUGGAGGGUAUCGCCUUUGGAGGUUAUUAUCUUUCUGGCCGGUGUGUUGGUUACUAUAUUCGACGGCAUCGAAGACGGCAUUUACACCACGGUGUGCAUUUCCUUCGUCGUCUUCGUUUUCCGCCUAUUCCAAGCUAAGGGGCGCUUCCUCGGCGUGGCAAAGAUACGCACUAUCGGAGACGUGAGGACUGGGACCGCCAGUGAGGGUCAGCCUCUCUCCCCAGACCAGAAGGCGCCGGCAAGCCUCAAAGGCGGCAGUGUGUCGACGUAUCGUAACAUUUUCCUUCCGAUCGACCACGAAGAUAACUCGAACCCCGAAGUCGUCGUCACUCACCCCUAUCCCGGAGUCUUCAUCUAUCAGUUCUCGGAGCUGUUCAAUUAUCCGAACGCGAAUCGUUAUUUGGACCAGCUUUCCACUGGAAUUUUCAAGGUUACCCGAAGGACCGAUCCCGCGUCGCUCGGGAAAUUAGGAGACCGUCCUUGGAACGAUCCCGGGCCUCGUAAGGGGAAAGAACUUCCUGAAGAGCCGGAUGUGCGGCCGACUCUCCGGGCGAUUAUAUUAGACUGCUCGGCGAUCAAUAACGUCGACGUAACUUCGGUUCAGGCUUUAAUUGACGUGCGUAACCAGCUGGAUAAGUAUGCCCAGCCCGACACGGUCGAAUGGCACUUUGCCAAUGUGAGGAAUCCUUGGACACGGCGCGCCUUCACCGCUGCCGGUUUCGGAUUUAUACUGCCCAAUCAGGGAGAUGCCGAGCCCGGCCGCCGGUGGAAAUCCAUCUUCAGCGUGGCCGACUUGGCGGAUGCCGCCUCGCCUCUCUCGAGCAACGACAAGUUUGGCAGAGCGGCAACGGCUGAGAAGUUCGGGGGGCGCAACGACGAGGAGAUUGGGGCGCUGCCUCCCGCUUCCAUAAACGAUUCGGAAGGAAGUUCCCGUCAGGUACCCAUAUACGGCCUCAACCGGCCCUUCUUCCACGCCGAUCUACAGGAGGCCUUAGACGCCGUGCUAGAGAACAUUGGUGACCAAACCCCGGCUUUCAUCAAGUCCUGAGGGUGGGGUUGGGGAGAGAGAGAGCUAUAGAGAUUUUAUAUCAGCAGAUAUAUU